UGUUGUUAAUGCUUUCGGAGGCGGUGAGCGAGCAGAGACACACACAGCGAUAAGAGACACUGGGAGUCGGAGGAAACCAGGCUCAGAGGAGGAUCGCGGCGCUUCAGCGAGCCUGAGUUAAAAACAAAGAAUAAUAAUAAUUAUUAUUUUUAUUAUUAUUAUAAUAAAAACAAACAAACGGGCGGCGGUGUGUUUGUUGUUUCCCUGGCUGGGUGUCUCGCGCUUCCUCAUGGAGCAGAGCCUCGCUGCACUUUUCCGCUUAAAGAUGCGCAUCUGAGAGCAGCGGGCGGCUGCUUGGGCUCUGAAGUAGGUGUUGGGUUCGAAUCCCCUGUUUCAUCUGCGGAAACAAUGGUCCAGAGCGCGCGCGCGUGAGAGAAACACUGUUUCCAAACUGAGUGGGGAAAGUGUCAGCUCGGGGCUCGCACUUAUCCGUCUGCAGGAUUGUUAUCAUUGUGUGGUGCAGUUCUUUCUGGAUCCAAGAGGAUGUCUCCCAGUGUACGGUCAGCGCUGCCUCAAGGGAGACUCUAUCAGCAUCCUCUUCCUCUCUGGUAACUGUAGAUGAAGAGCCAGCACACAAUGAAAGAACAACAGUGAUUCCUGCCUUUGACAUUCCUUACCUCCCCACCCCUCUACCUUACACCCCUUCCCAGUCCCAAGCCUGACCAUGCUGUGCUUCCUGCCCCUCAAACUGGGCCGAAUGUACCGCUGCCUGAAGCUGCUCUUUAUUGUGGGCCUGUUUGUUGUGCUCUUGAUGAACACUCACACACUUCUCGCAUCCUUUCAGAAGAAUGAACUAACGGACCGUCGCUUCAUCCACCUCAACAAGUGCCCGGCUUGCUUUGGCACCAGUUGGUGUCGCAAGUUUAUGAACGGGCAAGUGUCCUUUGAGUCGUGGGGUCGACUGCGUUUUCUUGACGUCUUCAACGUAAAGAAUGUUUUCUUUGCCCAGUAUGGUGAGCCACGGGAAGGCACGCGCCGCAUCGUCCUCAAGCGCCUUGGCUCCAACCAGGAGCUGGCGGACAUCGACCAGAAAAUCUGCAAGAGGGCUACUGGUCGACCCCGUUGCGACCUCAUCCAGGCCAUGUACAAGACUGAGUUUGCCCGACUUAAUGGAGAUGUUCGCCUCUUGACCCCUGAUGUAGUGGAGGGCUGGUCUGACCUGGUCCACUGCCCCUCCCAGAGACUACUGGACCGGAUAGUCAGGAGAUAUGCUGAAACUAAAGACUCAGGAAGUUUCCUAUUGAAAAAUCUCAAAGACACGGAGAGGAUGCAGCUUCUGAUGACGCUGGCUUUUAACCCUGAACCUUUGGUUCUGCAGAGUUUCCCGUCAGACGAGGGCUGGCCGUUUGCGAAGUACCUGGGUGCGUGUGGGCGCGUGGUGGCUGUGAACUACGUCGGCGAGGAGCUGUGGAGCUUCUACGAGGCGCCGUGGGAGAAGCGCGUGGACUUGGCCAAGCAGCUGCUAGACAUCGCCGAGCAGCUCACCAACAACGACUUCGACUUCGCUCUGUACCUGCUCGACGUCAGCUUUGACAACUUCGCCGUGGGCCCUCGCGACGGCAAGGUCAUCGUCGUGGACGCCGAGAACGUCCUGGUGGCCGACAAGAGGCUCAUCAAACAGAAUAAGCCAGAGAACUACGACGUGUGGUACGAGAGCCGUUUCGAGGAGUGCGAUAAGGAGGCCUGCCUCUCUUUCUCCAAAGACGCUCUGUGCUCAAGGGUCACCGUCGACCACAACUACUACGCCAUCUGUCAGAACCUGCUGUCUCGCUACGCCACGUGGAGAGGUAGCACCGGGGGCUUGCUGCACGAUCCACCACCCAACAUCGGGAAAGACGGGCAUCUCGACGCCCUGCUGGAAGAGUGCGUCAAGCCCAAGGUGCGCUACGGACGCUUCGCAGCUGCUAAAGAGCUCCGGCAGUAUCUCACCGAGCUCAGUGGCACAGCCAGGUAAUGACUGAGUGGACUGUCAGGGAGCAGGUACUGACAUACUAACAGUUUCUUUCGCUCUUUGGGUAGCGGAGGAGCUGUUUCGGAGCAAAGGAGGAAAAUUUCCACAAGCUCCAAGAUCUGCGUUAAUGUUCCAGCCUGCUGACUUUUAGAAAUUGCUUUUAGUUUCUCUUCAAAGCAUGACAGCUGGAUGAAGAUCUCUAUAUUGGAUGGAAAGGAAGAACACCUCCCCCCCCCCCAGUUUACUCAAGAUCAGCCCUCAAGCGUCCAUGAUAUGAUCGAUGAUGGAAAAACUGUGGAAUUCAUGGAAACUUGCUCGUGUUUCAGUUCAGUCUCCGCUCAGAGCUCAUCGUUUGAUAAUCUCUGACAGUUGACGGUCUUCAAGAAGAAGAAGCAGGUAUCGUACUUUUCUUCCAAAGAGUUGCUUGGUGAGAUGUGAGCAUACUCAGAAAGGCAGCUGGAGAGUUCAGCACACAGCAGCUCAGGAGGAACCCAACCCAACCCAGGCCUUUUCUUCACUAAAUCUCAAGACUUCCAGUGAUCUGAUGUUUGGCAAUCAAGCAAAGUGAGGGUUUAGGGUGUAUGUACAGAACAAAAUAAUGAGCUCCAGCUGGUUCUGCUUUCACAUAUACCAAAGAGUCUGGCUAUAUGUCGCUCCAACCCGUGUACAUUUCAAAAUCCUGAUGUGAUUACGCGUGCCCAAGGCACGGUGAAAACGGACACUUUUUAUGGACGAUUUUUGCUUGUAUUCCUCAAGCACAUCUUGUACGGUCUGAACUUAAUCCAGGAUAUUCUGAAUAAACAACCACCAGGUCCAACUCAAACCUCUGUUUGAAAGCAGACAUGCUAACAUGCUGCGGUGCACCAAUCCUACGUCCAAAGUUGAACCUACCACAGCUCAGAAAUUGAUUUCAUUGCAAUUUAAUCACACACCUCUGACACUUAAGAUCAGUUAACCUUCAGCUAUCAAUCUGCCAUUUUUCCUGUUCCUGCCUUUUUCUUUAAACAAAAAACAAAUGAUCAGCACACUAGGUUUGAUUUUCCACUUGUUGGACUAGUGAAUUAGACCAGGAUGUGUGUGAGAAUGAUACAAAUCAUGAUUUCUUUGUGCUUUGGGAAGGAGCUAGAAUCUGAAAACUAGAUCAUCACUUCAGCUUAGGACAUAUCUUCCCUUUGUAUGAAGUUACUGUUCUCUGACAAUAGUGUGAACUUCGUUCCUGGAGAUCUCCAACCUCGCAGAACCUGGUUCCUUCCGUAAUCUAAUCUCAGACUCGAGCCCUGCUGUAAUCUAAUUUAACAUUGGACUUGUGCCAAACCCGUGAGAUCCAGAAGACCUUGACUACCUACCUACCUACCUACCCUACGUCCGAGAUGAGAUUAGGGCGGGAACUGGGUUCUACAGGGUUUCACAUCACCUCGAACGUUCCAACAUGGAAAAGCAAUAAGUGUCGUUUCUUCACUAUCGUUCCACGUCAUCCGGUUUCAUCCAUGUGCGAGAUCUCUGCUCUACCUGGGACUGAUUCGCACCUCUUUAGCAGCAGGUGUGAGCGAUUUGUAAGUGUGAAAGAAGAAAAAAAAAAAACACCCUGUCUGCUUUGUGUUGUAAUUAUUAUUUUUUUCAUUGAGUAUUAUAUCAGCAGUGUCUGAUUUUACUGUGCCUUUCAUUCGAAAGUUGUAUCCACAACUUUUCAGUGGGUUUAAUUAUCAAAUAAAUAAAUGAAUCGGUCUAUAUAUCUUUCA